AUGUUGGCAGCAGAAGGCAAAAUCUGCAGCAAACCAUCUUCUUCUCCCAAUGCGUCAUCAGAAGACUUCUUGAGACGGAGCUUCGUGCACUCCCAAAUUGCACGAGGCUGUGGUAGCAAAACUGUCCGGUUUAAUGUCACGGUCUUUCUUCCCUGCCUCAGCCUUGCUUCCUGUGGCUUUGUCACCGGUCGCAAUGCAGCGGCAGUAGCGGCGGGGCACCGAGGUACGCCCAUCGCUCGAUGCCUGCUAGGUGCGGAGGAGCUCGUUUCCCGACACCCUUCCGCCUACCCCUCCGGCGCUCACCUGAACCUAGGCGCCCUGCGCGUAAUUCGCACCCGGCCGGCGCGGGGACGCCUCAGGCCACGCCGGGACCUGACCAGAAACGCCUGGGAGGCGGCAGGAUGGCGGCGGCCCGGAGGGAGGGCCGCUGGCGUUCCAGUUGCACACUGUUUUGGACCUCCAGGACAUUACAAAAGAAAGUUUUGCACUGUGUGCAGAAAGUCACUAGAGUCACCUGCCUUUCGAUGUGAAGUUUGUGAGCUACAUGUGCACACAGACUGUAUCCUGUUUGCUUGCAGUGACUGCCGGCAGUGUCACCAGGAUGGGCACCAGGACCACGAUACUUAUCACCACCACUGGAGGGAGGGAAACCUUUCUUCAAGUGCUCGUUGCGAAGUUUGCAAAAAAACCUGUAGCUCUUCUGAGGUCCUGUCUGGCAUGAGAUGUGAAUGGUGUGGCAUCCUGGCUCAUUCUGCUUGCUACAUAAUUGUCACACCAGAAUGUACUUUUGGAAGAUUAAGGAAUAUGAUUCUUCCUCCAACCUGUGUGCAGUUAUUUUCUCGCAACUUCAGCAAACUGCAUUGUUUUCGAAUAUCAGAAAAUUUGCAAACAGAAUCAGAUGAAGAUGAUGAUGUUGAUGGGUCAACACAGGGAUCAGCAAAAGAUGUCCAAAUUUCAACAGAUUCAAGUAAACAAACAUUAAAGAUAUUUGAUGGGAAUGAUGCAGUGAAACGCAAUCAAUUUCGACUGAUUUCAGUUCCAAGGAUUGCAAAAAAUGAAGAAGUUGUGGAGGCUGCUUUGAGGACAUACUACAUAAAUGAUGACCAGCAGGAGUAUGAGCUUCAGACCUUUACGCAGCAGACACUGCUGUCUGAUGAUGUUAUCAACAGGAACAGUGCUGCAGAGGACAGCAACUUGGGCUCAGUAUUCCGGGAAUCCAUUCCUGAAGCUUGGAUCAUCAGAGCCAAACCAAAGGAUGAGGAAGUGAUCAGAAUUUAUCCUGCCUGGCUGAAGGUGGGAAUGGCAUAUGUUUCUCUACGAGUAAAUAAGGAUAGUACUACACAGACUGUGAUCAAAGAAGUGCUUCCGUUACUUGGAAGGCAGACGGAGUGCCUCCAGAAUUUCAAAUUGGUGGAAGUGCUUAUGGGCAGUAAGCAAGUUCAGCGCAUGGUCUUGGACAAUCAGGAACCGAUUCUUAACAGACUCAAGGACAUAAGAAAGACUUCAAUACGUCAGAUGAAUCAAACAAGAUUUUACAUUGUGGAAAAUAGUAAAUCCAUUGUACGAGUAAAUUUAUUUGUUGGUGGCCUUCCACCUCAGCUUUCCCCUGAAGAAUACACAAAUAUUCUCAAGGAAGAAUUAGCUAUCAAAUCAAACGUAGUAUCUGUGAGUCAUGUUUAUCAAGCACAAGGUGCUGUUGUACUCGAAAUUUCCUGCUUUUCUGAAGCUGAAAGAAUAUAUAUGCUAGUUAAAGAUACAACUGUCAAUGACAAGCCUCUGAAUGCUGUGGUGAUUCCUGAAGUUACGGCUUCCAAGAUACCACAAAACUGCUGCCCACUUCUUGUAUUUGUGAAUCCAAAAAGUGGUGGUCUAAAGGGUCGGGAUCUGCUGUACAGUUUUAGAAAGCUGCUAAACCCACAUCAGGUCUUUGAACUUACCAAUGGUGGCCCACUGCCUGGGUUUCACACGUUCUCUAAAAUCCCCUCCUUCCGAGUGCUGGUGUGCGGAGGGGACGGCACCGUCGGCUGGGUCCUUGGUGCGCUGGAGGAGAUCAGGCACAAGCUGGUGUGCUCAGAGCCCUCAGUUGCCAUCUUACCUUUAGGAACAGGUAAUGACUUAGGGAGGGUCUUGCGAUGGGGAGCUGGCUACAGUGGGGAGGACCCGUACUCAAUUUUGGUUUCUGUGGAUGAGGCGGAUGACGUUCUUAUGGAUCGCUGGACUAUCCUUCUGGAUGCAGAAGAGCCAGCUGAAGGUGCAGAGAAUGGUAUUGCAGAACCUGAGCCUCCAAAGAUUGUACAGAUGAACAAUUACUGUGGUCUUGGCAUUGACGCAGAGUUGAGCUUGGACUUUCAUCAUGCUAGAGAAGAAGAACCAGGGAAAUUUAAUAGCAGGUUUCACAACAAAGGAGUGUAUGUGAAAGUUGGGCUGCAGAAGAUAAGUCAUACCAGAAAUCUUCACAAAGACAUAAAGCUUCAAGUGGACCAGCACGAGGUGGAGUUACCAAGUAUAGAAGGACUCAUUUUUAUUAAUAUACCCAGCUGGGGGUCUGGAGCCGAUCUCUGGGGGUCUGAGAGUGAUAACCGCUUUGAGAAACCACGCAUCGAUGAUGGCCUGCUGGAAGUUGUUGGUGUGACUGGUGUUGUUCACAUGGGUCAAGUCCAAGGUGGUUUUCGAUCAGGAAUCCGCAUAGCUCAAGGCUCAUAUUUUCGUGUAACACUCCUAAAGCCCAUUCCAGUUCAAGUUGAUGGAGAGCCCUGGAUUCAGGCCCCUGGCCAGAUUAUUAUUUCUGCUGCAGGACCAAAGGUCCAUAUGUUGAAAAAAUCCAAGCAGAAACAGAAAAAAACUGGAAGCCUGAGAGAGAUGAGAGCAGAUAGCAUGUCAGUCUCUGAAGGAGGACGCUAAGUGGAGACCUGUGCUCAGAAGUGAUGGAGCACACCUACUGUAAAUACCAAGAUAGUUCAGUAAAACCAGGUGCAGACAACUAGUGAAGAGGGUUGCUUAUGAGCGUGCCUUUCAUUACAUUUUGCUAGUACUGGGUUCUACUUCGUCUUUCAAGGAUAGUGCCUCAUUGCUACAAAUAACUAUUAUGUACCACUUGUCUCAUCUGAAAUGUUUACCUUUGGUUGCUUUUUUGAUAAGCCAUUUCCGAGUUUUCCAUGUAUGUAGAAACUGAGGCCAAACAAGAGAUUCCAAGAUGCUGAGAUUUCUGCGUCUACCUUGACAAAGACUCUUCCCCUCCUCCCAGCUUUUUCUUAAACAAAAUAAUUCCAUAGAUAAAUUUUGGUGCAUUGUUCAAUAAAUGAAAGUGUGUUCCUUUAAGUUAAUGCUCACCGUAGCCUCCUAACCAAAAAAAGGCAAAGAUAUGAGCUGCUGUGAACUCCUUGGAUCAGUCCAAAUAGCACAGCUGAAACAGUACUACCGUAAAGACAAAAAUACAAAACACAGGAGCGAUUAUUUCUAUAAAAGUUGCCCCUUGCACUGGGAAGAGAGAAAGUACUAGAACAGUUGAGUCAAAAUAUUUUAGAGGAUUAACUUCAACAGUAUUUGGACAAUAUGAAUGAAGGGGAAACAGUUUGUAGAGCAAGUUUUCAACUGCAGCUUGGUUUCUCCUAUAUUAUCCAGCCAAAGCCUGUUUUAAAAGGCAUUUGAAUUUCAGCAGCUACCACUCUAAUGUAAAAAAGGAACAAGAAUACCCAAGGCAGUAUUACAUUCUACUGAUUUUUUUCUAUCAUUGAAACUAUUAUCUUUGGCAGCAGACUUUUCAUCUUGUCUUUACUUGUGCUGUUUCAUUUUCAUUAAUUUGUCACAGUUGGACUGUUACUUAACAGCAAGCUCAAGACUGAAAGAAUCAUCACUAAUUAGCAUAAAAGAAGUACCACUUAGUGUUCACUUAAGUAAAUUAGCACAGUCAUAUGUUAGAGCUGAACUGAAGUACAACGUAGCUUUGCUGAGGAGCCUUAGGAGGUAUUGAAGCCUGUAGCGUGCAUGUAACAUGCUGUAGGCUUCAGAUAACUGGGAGUGCGAUAGCCAUCAUGAAAACUCUCCUACCUGGUCAGCCUUCUCAAGUCCUUGCUGGGUGUUGUUAUCAGGUGUGGUCCAGGGACAGGUGACUUCAGUAUAACUUUGAAAUAUACAAAAGCCGUUUUGUGUUGGAGCCAAUUACAUGCUGAGGCAGUUCUUGCUGUGUCUCCUUGAUCAGUCUGUACUCUAAGCACCGUGCCAGCUUCAGCAACAUCUGAUCAUUACCUGUGCUUUCUACUUUCCAGUCAUGGAACAGAUGAGGGUGUGAAUGUGGGUGCUGCAAGACAGUCAUCUAUAGCAACAGUGUGAUACAGCUAAAGCUAUAAACAGACACAAAACAGCCAUGCAAAAAUGGCAGCUGCCUGCAGCCUCUCCUUCCUGUCCAGUGAUUCAUUCUGUUCUUAGUGUUCUGGUAGAGAUGCAUUUGGAUGACUGACUCCUCUCUUCAGUGAAACCUGUUAUUAAUUGUUUAAGUUGUUAAUUUAAUUUUCAGGAUGUUCUUCAGGUACCACGGUGUGGACUUGAACUUACCUUUUUAUUCAAGAUGCAAACUGGACUCAUGCUAUGAAGGAGAUAGUGUGGAUAGUACAGAGCUAAAAUCCUUGUCUCCUAUCAUUACACACAGGGUUGUCUCUGCUUCAGAACCUGGGCAUGAAGGAUCAGCUGGAGCUCUUCUGGCAUCCUGGUACCAGCAUUACACAUAGGAGGGGUAAAGUAGUGUGUUUCAGGGUAUGCCCUCUCAGGACAAAGCCCACAAAUUAGAGAGGAAAUCUGAAAUAGAUUGCUGCUUAUAAUUGUCCAGAAAGUCAGAUAAACUGCUUUCUGUCCUCAGGGCAGCAGAAAGAAUGCACAGUCUUCUUUCUGAUUGCUGACUCAGUAACAGAGAGGAAAACUUGGCUUUUUGUUACAGAAAACAUGCGUAAGUUUUAAGCUUGCUGGUAUUGACCAUCUUCUGCAGCCCAAGUAAAUAAACCUGUCUUACUGUUUUUCCAGACAUAUGUAAUCCUGCAGCAUGCAGCUGACAGUGUUUCAUGUUCUUGGCUCAUGAAGGGCCUGUCUCUCCCUUUUGCUCCGUAUCUGUUAUCUGAAAUAACAUGAAACUCUCAGGCCACAGUAUUUUAAUCGGAGGGCCCCUUAUUGUGGCAUAUCCUUCCAUGGGGAUUUUCCAGCCUGGGAACACGGUAUGAGCCUGUCUCAGGGUAGCGUUGUGGUAGCAAGGCAACACAGAAGUACAAAUGUGUUCUAAUCGCAGCUGCCAGAAGGGAUCCUGGUGGAGGACAGGAAGGCUUUGAGUUGGCAUUUAAGGCCUCUGUGCAUCGUAAAAUGAUGCUUGGUGUGUUUUGAAGACAAAACAGAUUCCUGGGCAGUUGAAACAGCAAAGGUCCUGUAAAUCUUAAAAGGAGAAACUCACUGUUUAAUACCUCUAUUAAGAUGUUGAAGUUUCAGGUACUGUAAAGGCCAGUAUAUCAAGAAUAUAUGUAUUCUUUCUUUUUUUUUAACAUAUUUGUCAAACAUAGUAUCUGAGAAGGCCUAGUAUUUUCUUCUGUAGUAUGCAAGGCUUCCUUCAAGAGAGUAGAGAACUCUUCACAGUUAAUACAAAACAUUUUGACUUGGCUUUUAAGUUGAACAAAACAAUGCAGUAUAGUUUACAUUAUAGUGGGCAGACAAAUGAUUCUCGGCACUGAGUCUUCUGAGUAACAUUGUGUGAGAACCUCAUAGUCACAUGGCCAAGUGCUUUAAAUAAUGCAGUAACAAAAGUGUUGGGGAAGGGGCUUGGUUCUGUCAAGGCAGGUGUUAAUCAGCAUCAGGAACACAGGAUCAGGAACCAUAAUCUGUAGACAGAGAGGAGAUGCAGGCUCAUUGCUAUGCUGAGCACACUCCUUCAUCCUCUCUCCAAUGUCCUGCCUUUUUACCUUGCCUAUAAACCAUGGCAGGCACAGGUAGCACAGCUAGCAUCUCUCGUGCUGAGAUAGGUGCUCCUGACCUUUUACUGGUGUCCUAAUAGAUUUUGCCAGCAUGUGGGAGAGAAGGGUCCUGAAAAUCAUGGUGCAUUUGAAAUACCACACUAUUGGAGACGAGAGAAGGUGGUCAAUUGGUUAAAAUCUGUUUUGACACGUAAACACGUUAUCUUUGUCUUGAAUUAGGAAAACUGAAAUUCAACAGCUCAUCCCUGGGAUACAGGUGCUACUUGAGAAAAUUUGCUGCUUUUUGCCCAUGGCUCUUACAUUUGAUUUGUAUAGCUUAAAUUGCUGAUGUUUUCACUGCAUUGAUUUUUAAAUGAAACAGUGGUAC